CCAAGAUGGCGGCGCCCAGUGGGAGGAGUCCGUACGGCGCGCCGCGCCCCGCCCCGCCCCCCCGCCCGCGGCCGAGCCGGGCAGGAGGCAGGAAGAGCGGCUCCCCGCACGCAGCAGGCGCAAGAUGGCGGCUCCCAGGGCGGCGUGAAGGCGCCUGGCGUCCGGCAGCCGCUUCCCGCCCCCGUCCGGUGCCGACAGCGAGAGGGGCCAUGGCAGUGGCCUUGCCCCCGGCCCCCAGCGGCCCCGCGCUCCUGCAGCCCCGCUGGAAGCGGGUGGUGGGCUGGUCGGGCCCCGUGCCCCGGCCCCGCCACGGGCACCGCGCUGUGGCCAUCAAGGAGCUGAUCGUCGUCUUCGGGGGCGGGAACGAGGGCAUCGUCGACGAGCUGCACGUCUACAACACAGCCACCAACCAGUGGUUCAUCCCAGCCGUGCGGGGCGACAUCCCUCCCGGCUGCGCCGCCUACGGCUUCGUGUGCGACGGCACCCGGCUGCUGGUCUUCGGGGGCAUGGUGGAGUACGGCAAGUACAGCAGCGACCUCUACGAGCUGCAGGCCAGCCGCUGGGAGUGGAAGAGACUCAAGGCCAAGACCCCCAAGAACGGGCCGCCCCCCUGCCCCCGCCUGGGUCACAGCUUCUCGCUUGUGGGCAACAAGUGCUACUUGUUUGGGGGGCUGGCAAAUGACAGCGAGGACCCCAAGAACAACAUUCCCAGAUACCUGAAUGACCUGUACAUCCUGGAGCUGCGCCCGGGCUCCGGCGUGGUGGCCUGGGACAUCCCCAUCACGUACGGGGUACUGCCUCCGCCCCGCGAGUCCCACACCGCCGUGGUGUACACCGAGAGGGACAACAAGAAAUCCAAGCUCGUCAUCUACGGGGGCAUGAGCGGCUGCCGCCUCGGCGACCUCUGGACACUGGACAUCGAGACCCUGACGUGGAACAAGCCGAGCCUGAGCGGGGUGGCGCCUCUCCCCCGCAGCCUGCACUCUGCCACCACCAUUGGCAACAAGAUGUACGUCUUCGGGGGCUGGGUGCCCCUCGUCAUGGACGACGUCAAAGUGGCCACGCACGAGAAGGAGUGGAAGUGCACUAACACAUUGGCCUGCCUCAAUCUGGACUCCAUGGCCUGGGAGCCCAUCCUCAUGGACACACUGGAGGACAACAUCCCGCGGGCCCGGGCGGGGCACUGCGCCGUCUCCAUCAACAGCCGCCUCUACAUCUGGAGCGGGCGCGACGGCUACCGCAAGGCCUGGAACAACCAGGUGUGCUGCAAGGACCUCUGGUACCUGGAGACGGAGAAGCCCCCGGCCCCCUCCCGGGUGCAGCUGGUUCGGGCCAACACCAACUCGCUGGAGGUGAGCUGGGGCUCGGUGCCCACGGCCGACACCUACCUGCUGCAGCUGCAGAAGUACGACAUCCCGGCGGCCGCCUCGCCCGCCCCCGCCCCGGUGCCCUCCGUGCCUGCCAACCCGCCCAAGAGCCCCGCCCCGGCCGCUGCCGCGCCCGCCCCGCCCGCCAGCCAGCCCCUGGCGCAGAUGGGCAUCACUCUGCUGCCCCAGGCCGCCGCCCCCACGCCCACCACCACCAUCCAGCUGCUGCCCUCCGUGCCCGGCACGCCCCUGCCCGUGGCCAGCCCCGCACGCACGCAGGGUGUCCCGGCCGUGCUGAAGGUGACAGGCCCCCAGGCGCCCCCAGGGCCCCCCCUGGUGACGGUGCGCUCAGCUGGACAGGCGGGCAAGGCCCCGGUGACAGUGACCUCGCUGCCGGCCGCCGUGCGCAUGGUGGUGCCCACGCAGAGCACGCAGGGCACGGUGAUCGGCAGCAGCCCCCAGAUGAGCGGCAUGGCCGCCCUGGCAGCCGCCGCCGCCGCCACACAGAAGAUCCCCCCCUCCUCCACGCCCACCGUGCUGAGCGUGCCAGCUGGCGCCACCAUCGUCAAGACCAUGGCCGUCUCCCCGGGCACAGCCACGCUGCCCAGCACCGUCAAGGUGGCCUCUUCCCCCGUCAUGGUGAGUAACCCAGCCACACGCAUGCUGAAGACGGCAGCAGCCCAGGUGGGCACCUCAGUGUCAUCCACGACAAACGCGGCCACGCGACCCAUCAUCACUGUGCACAAGUCGGGCACGGUCACCGUGGCACAGCAGGCCCAGGUCAUGACCACCGUGGUGGGUGGCGUCACCAAGACCAUUACCCUGGUGAAGAGCCCCAUUUCCGUGCCAGGGGGCAGUGCACUGCAGAUCUCUAACCUCGGCAAAGUGAUGUCGGUCGUGCAGACCAAGCCGGUGCAGACCUCGGCCGUGACCGGCCAGGCAUCCAGCGGCCCCGUCACCCAGAUCAUCCAGACCAAGGGCCCCCUGCCAGCGGGCACCAUCCUGAAGCUGGUGACGUCAGCGGAUGGGAAGCCCACCACCAUCAUCACCACCACACAGGCGGGCGGCGCCGGCCCCAAGCCCACCAUCCUGGGCAUCAGCAGCGUCUCGCCCAGCACCACCAAGCCGGGCACCACCACCAUCAUCAAAACCAUCCCCAUGUCGGCCAUCAUCACCCAGUCCGGGGCCACGGGUGUGACCAGCAGCCCUGGGAUCAAGGCCCCCAUCACCAUCAUCACCACCAAGGUCAUGACCUCCGGCACGGGCGCCCCCGCCAAGAUCAUCACGGCAGUGCCCAAGCUGGGCACGGCCCACGGGCAGCAGGGCGUCACGCAGGUGGUCCUGAAGGGUGCACCUGGCCAGCCCGGCACCAUCCUGCGCACUGUGCCCAUGGGCGGCGUGCGGCUGGUCACGCCCGUCACCGUCUCCGCGGUCAAGCCCACCGUCACCACGCUGGUGGUGAAAGGCACCACGGGUGUCACCACCUUGGGCACCGUGACAGGCACCGUCUCCACCAGCCUGGCUGGCGCAGGGGGCCACAGCACCAACGCCUCCCUGGCCACGCCCAUCACCACGCUGGGAACCAUUGCCACCCUGUCCAGCCAGGUGAUCAACCCGGCCGCCAUCACCGUCUCUGCCGCCCAGACCACCAUGACGGCCGCCAGCGGGCUGGGCACGCCCACCAUCACCAUGCAGCCCGUUUCUCAGCCCACGCAGGUGACGCUGAUCACAACGCCCAGCGGGGUGGAUGCCCAGCCGGUGCACGAUCUGCCGGUCUCCAUCCUGGCCUCGCCCACCACGGAGCAGCCCACGGCCACGGUGACUAUCGCUGACGUGGGGCAGGGCGACCCACAGCCUGGCACCGUCACCCUGGUGUGCUCCAACCCGCCCUGCGAGACCCAUGAGACCGGCACCACCAACACUGCCACUGCCACCGUCGUGGCCAACAUGGGCGGCCUGACCCAGCCUGUGCACUUUGUGUGCGAGGGCCAGGAGGCUGGGCAGCCCAACGGCGGGUUAGUGCGCGUCUGCUCCAACCCCCCAUGCGAGACGCACGAGACAGGCACUACCCACACGGCCACCACGGCCACGUCCAGCAUGGGCGCCGGACGAGUGUGCAGCAACCCCCCGUGUGAGAUGCACGAGACGGGCACCACCCACACGGCCACCACGGCCACGUCCAGCAUGGGCGCCGGACGAGUGUGCAGCAACCCCCCGUGUGAGAUGCACGAGACGGGCACCACCCACACGGCCACCACGGCCACGUCCAGCAUGGGCGCCGGACGAGUGUGCAGCAACCCCCCGUGUGAGAUGCACGAGACGGGCACCACCCACACGGCCACCACGGCCACGUCCAGCAUGGGCGCCGGACGAGUGUGCAGCAACCCCCCGUGCGAGACGCACGAGACGGGCACCACCAACACGGCUACCACGGCCACGUCCAGCAUGGGCGCCGGAAGAGUGUGCAGCAACCCCCCGUGCGAGAUGCACGAGACGGGCACCACCAACACGGCUACCACGGCCACAUCCAGCAUGGGCGCCGGACGAGUGUGCAGCAACCCCCCCUGUGAGAUGCAUGAAACAGGCACCACCAACACGGCUACCACAGCCCGGUCGCUCAUGGGCCGGGGGCAGCCAGAUGGGGGCCUGGUAGCCCCACCCAACCCACCGUGCCAAACGCAGCACACCAGUGCCACCGUUACCACGAUGUCGGCAAAAGCUGGCGUGCCCACAGAGCAGCCGUGCAGUGCCAGGAUGGGAAAUCCCCCCUCGGCGGUGCCUAGCACCAACACACAAUCCCCGGCGCCAGGUGGCCGGCCCUGUGAGGCUCACCAGACCCACACCACCAACACCGCCACCACGGCCCGGUCGCUCAUGGGCCGGGGGCAGCCGGACGGUGGGCCGGGGGCAGCUGAGAGCCCCCCAUGCCAAACCCAACAGACUUGUGCCACUCACACAACCAUGUCAGCCAAAGCAGACGUGCCUACGGAGCAGCCAUGCAGCGUGAUGAUGGUUGCACCGGACACGGAGGCCGGGCACCGAGCACAUGUCAAUGACUCUUGUGAGAUGGGUGCCACAACCAAGUCGAGCAUGGGCACUGGGCGAGCGUGCCCAGAGCUCCCAUCUGAGACGCACGAGACGGGCACCACCACCACAGCCACAUUGAUCAUGGGCGCCGGGCGAGUGUGCAGCAAGCUCUCGCGCGAGACACACGAGAUGGGCACCACCACCACAGCCACGUUGAACAUGAAUGCGGGGCGAGCGUGCAGCAACCCCCCGUGUGAGACACACGAGACGGGCACCACCAACACGGCCACCACAUCCACAUCCAGCAUGGGCGCCGGACCAGUGUGCAGCAAUCCCCCGUGUGAGACGCACGAGACGGGCCCCACCAGCACAGCUACCACGCCCGCGUCCAGCAUGGGUGCCGGGCGAGUGUGCAGCAACCCUCCGUGCGAGACGCACGAGACGGGCACCACCAGCACAGCUACCACGGCCGCGUCCAGCAUGGGUGCCGGGCGAGUGUGCAGCAACCCCCCGUGCGAGACACACGAGACGGGCACCACUAACACGGCCACCACGGCUACAUGUAACGUGGGGACGGGUCAGGCUGAGGGGGCCCAGCACGCCCCUGCCAGCGCGCCCUGCGAGACGCAGCCCACUGUGGCCACCGGCACCACCAUGACGGCCAGCAUGGGGAGAGCAGGGGCCGAGCCCCUCUCCCCUGCCCCCUUGGAGACCGGGGGGGCAGGGCCUAGCCAGCCCCAGUCGCCUCCCACAAACCCAGCCCCACGCGUCUGCUCCAACCCCCCCUGUGAGACCCACGAGACGGGCACAACCCACACGGCCACCACUGUGACUUCCAGCAUGGGCGCCAACCACGACCAGCCGCCGGGUGCCAACGGGCAGGGGCAGCCUGAGGGGGCGCCGGGCGAGGCCCCCGCCAGCCCCAGCAGCGUCUCUGCCACGCAGCCCCGUGCUGUGACCACCGUGACCCAGGCCACGCCCACGCCGGGCCCUGCCGUGCCGAACAUCUCGUCGCUGGCAGAGACCCCCCCAGAGGAGCCAGCACCGACCCCCUCAGCGGAGCCCCCGGCACCCCCUGGCCCGGAGCCAGCGCAGCCAGAGCCACCGGCCGAGCCCCCGGCACCGCCACCACAGCACCCCGCGCAGGGCCCCCUGGCGCCUGCCCCGGCCCCCCCUGCCGGCCCCCCGGCGCCCGCCCCUGAGGGGGAGCCGCUGGCCCUGCCCCAGGAGCUGCUGGCCGAGGGGCAGCCGGGAGCCACCCUGCUGGUGACGGGGCUGACGCCCGAGGAGCUGGCGGUGACGGCGGCUGCCGAGGCCGCGGCCCAGGCCGCAGCCACCGAGGAGGCCCAGGCCCUGGCCAUCCAGGCCGUGCUGCAGGCGGCCCAGCAGGCCGUGCUGGGUGCAGGGGAGCCCCUGGAGCCGGGCGAGGCGGGCGCGGGGCCAGCAGAGCUGGGGGCGCUGGGGGGCGAGGGCGCCGAGGGGCAGCCCACACCCAUCCCCAUCGUGCUGACGCCACAGGAGCUGGCCGCCCUGGUGCAGCAGCAGCAGCAGCUCCAGGAGGCCCAGGCGGCGGCCGCGGCCGCAUCCCAGCAGCCCCACGGUGCCCCCCUGCCCACCGAGGGCCUGGCGCCCGCCGACAGCCUCAACGACCCGGCCGCCGAGAGCAACGGGCUGAGCGAGCUGGCCAGCGCUGUGAGCAGCACCGUCGCCCUCCUGCCCUCUGCGCCCAGCGAGGGCCUGGCUCCAACCAACACGUUUGUGGCCCCGCAGCCCGUGGUGGGGCCCAGCCCAGCCAAGCUGCAGGCAGCCGCCACCCUGGCUGAGGUGGCCAAUGGCAUUGAGUCUGCCCCCCUGAAGCCGGAUCCCUCGGCGCAGCCCCCGAAGCUGCUGGUGAAGAGGGAGAACCAGUGGUUCGACGUGGGCGUCAUCAAGGGCACCAACAUGAUGGUGACCCAUUACUUCCUGCCCCCCAGCGACGCGCCCCCCAGCGACGACGACUCGGGCUCCGUCCCCGACUACUCGCAGCUGAAGAAGCAGGAGCUGCAGCCGGGCACGGCCUACAAGUUCCGGGUGGCCGGGCUGAACGCCUGCGGGCGCGGCGCCUUCUCCGACAUCUCCGCCUUCAAGACCUGCCUGCCCGGCUUCCCGGGCGCGCCCUGCGCCAUCAAGAUCAGCAAGAGCCCCGACGGGGCCCACCUGACGUGGGAGCCGCCCUCGGUGACCUCGGGGAAGAUCGUGGAGUACUCGGUGUACCUGGCCAUCCAGAGCGCCCAGGCGGGCGAGCCUAAGGGCGCGGCGCCCGCCCAGCUGGCCUUCAUGCGCGUGUACUGCGGGCCCAGCCCCUCGUGCCUGGUGCAGUCGGGCAGCCUGGCCAACGCCCACAUCGACUACACCACCAAGCCGGCCAUCAUCUUCCGCAUCGCCGCCCGCAACGAGAAGGGCUACGGGCCCGCCACGCAGGUCCGGUGGCUGCAAGAGUCCAGUAAGGACGGGGCCGUGGCCAAGCCGGCCAGCAAGCGGCCGCUCUCCUCCCCCGACAUGAAAUCUGCUCCAAAGAAGCCCAAGGCCGACGGGCAGUGAAGGAGGCGCCCCCCUUGGCACCGGCCCCCCGCACCCCGAGCUCGCCAAGGAAAGCACAUUUCAUUGGGGCCUGGGGGGGUCACUGAACUGUGCUCCCCCCGACCCUUGGCUGCAGGGGGGGCCAGGCACCCCGGAGUCUGGUUUGCCGGGGGGGCACUGGGGUUUUUUACAUGUUGCAGUUGCUGGAAUGAAGUUCUUGUGCCCCCCUGCUGUCGGGGGGGGGGGCUGCAGGUUGGGGGGUGCCCCUCCCCCCAGCUCUCACCGCUGUACAGACCCCCCCCGUCUCCCCUGUAGUGUCCGAGUCGUAGAGGAAAGGGGGAGCUGUAGCUGUUGUGAAUAGCAGGUCCCCCCACAGGCGUUUGGGGGGGCCCUAGCUUGACCCCCCCACCCUGAAUCGGUGCCGCUGUCUCCUGCCUUGUGGCGGGGGGACUCCUGUCUCCUGCCCCCCCCUUGGAAAAAAAAACUUUUGUAUAAACCAUGUUCUUUUUUUUAGGAAAAGAAGGAAAACAGAAAAAAAAACCUAAGGGGGGAGGGGCUGGUGGCCCCCCCGGGGGCGGGGGCAGGGACAGGUUUAAAUGCCACCUAAGCAAUUAGUCCAUUGGGUCAGUGAUGGGGGGUCCGUGUGUCUCCCCCCAUUGUGCCCUCCCAGUAGACAUUCCAUGGGGGGUGCCCUCUGGUGGCUGAGGUGGGGUGGGCAGCCCCCCAGCCCCCCAUCUUUUGUAUUAUAGUGUAUCUCGCUGUGGCCCCCCCGUGCUCGUCUGUCGGUUUGUGGAUUUUCAACAAUUAAAGACAUUUUUGAAGUAAAGAGAAA